CGUGCGGCUCGCGCCACUGCUGCCCGCGGACGCCGAGGACCCCCGGAGCUCAUGGCCCAGGCGAAGAUCAGCGCCAAGGCCCACGAGGGCCGCUUCUGCCGCUCGUCGUCCAUGGCCGACCGCUCCAGCCGCCUGCUGGAGAGCCUGGACCAGCUGGAGCUCAGGGUGGAAGCUUUGAGAGACGCAGCUACGGCUGUUGAACAGGAGAAAGAAGUCCUUCUGGAGAUGAUCCACAGCAUCCAGAACAGCCAGGACAUGAGGCAGAUUAGCGAUGGAGAAAGAGAGGAACUAAACCUGACUGCCAACCGUCUGAUGGGCCGGACCCUCACGGUUGAGGUCUCGGUGGAAACGAUCCGAAACCCCCAGCAGGAGGAAUCCUUAAAGCACGCCACGAAGAUUAUAGACGAGGUGGUCAGUAAGUUCCUGGAUGACCUGGGGAAUGCCAAGAGCCACUUAAUGUCACUUUACAGUGCCUGCUCAUCGGAGGUGCCACCUGGGCCGGUGGACCAGAAGUUUCAAUCGAUAGUCAUCGGUUGCGCUCUUGAGGAUCAGAAGAAAAUCAAGAGGCGAUUGGAGACGCUGCUGAGGAACAUUGACAACUCUGACAAGGCCAUUAAACUACUAGAGCAUGCUAAAGGAGCUGGCUGCAAAAGCCUGCAAAACACAGACGGCAAGUUUAAUUAGCCUUCGAACUCACCGGCCCUUACAAAAGAUGUAGAAAAGAAAAUGACUAUUUUCAAUAGCUAGGUCUCUAUGUUAGGCAUAACCACUUAAUUGAUGUUGGUAAUUAUUUCAGAUGGGGAAGUAUUCCAGUGUCAGCAGACACUCAGCAGACACAGGUAACACUUAACACUACAAGUAUUUCAGUCACCUACUUUGAAGUUUUGGACAGUGUUCCCGUCUUGAACUGGACUCUAGCACUAUAUAUUUAACUUCUGAAGAUGCACACAUAGUGUGUGGUGGGGAAUAAGAAAGUGAGGGAGGAGCAGCAACAGUACCACUGCCCUUUCCUUGACUUCAGCACAGAGCACCCAGCCCCUGGAGCAGUGCACUCACUACACAGUGUGAACAGAACACCCAGUCCCUGGAGCAGUGCACUCACAUCACAGUGUGAACAGAACACCCAGCCCCUGGAGCAGUGCACUCACACCACAGUGUGAACAGAACACCCAGCCCUGGAGUGGUGCACUCACACCAUAGUGUGAACAGAACACCCAGCCCUGGAGCAGUACACUCACACCAGUGUGAACAGAACACCCAGCCCUGGAGCAGUGCAUUCACACCACAGUGAACAGGACACCCAGCCCCUGGAACAGUGUACUCACAGCAGUGUGAACCGAGCACCCAGUCCCUAGAGCAGUGUAUUCACACCUUGGUGUGAACAGAACACCCAGCCCUUGAGUAGUACACUCACAGCACACAGUGUGCCUAGAAGGAUAAACACAUCAUACCUUUACCCUGUAUGUUCUCCAUGUUUUGGGCAUCUGUUUUCUCUAUGCAUAUGCAUCUCAUACCAUGUAUUUUUAGGUAUGUAUGGAAGCAUAACAAAUGUGAGGGGCCCACCUUCAUUUUACCACUGUGAAGCUCCGCCCCCACCCUGUAUUCUGCAGGGCACCCCUCCAGGGCCAGCACUGACCACCUUCUUAAUAUGCUGCCUUGAGCUCGCGCGCACAGUGGGAGCUCUUACCCAACCUCUUCCCUGUGGGCAGUUGGAUGGUUUCAAUUUGUUGCUGUGACUACAACAUACUUAUGUCCGCUGAGCUUUAUUCUGUCCUUGGUCUUUUUUGUAUAAAAUUCCAUUAAUGGGUUCAUUAGGCCAAAGGAUAUAUACAUUUUCAUGGCCUAGAAACAUAUUUCUAAGUUUUUAUAAGUUAUAUCAGUUUGUACUGUCUUCAGUGAU